GAAAGCACGUAGAAAAACAGCGUCUACGUGAAUGUAGAAGUGUUCGAUGUGUGAUCGCCAGAGUCUAUCGGUGGAAUGGGGAAUGCAGGAAUUACAUAGCUAAAUAUCCCCAAUGAGUUCAACCUGUUUAAUUACUAUUUUAGUGCGCGGAAUCGACGACCGCCUUGCGCGAUAGAUGAGUUUACAAGAUAGCCUCUUCUCCGAGGACGUGGAGAACGACGUGACGCUCUUUACAAGCGACGCUAAGCGCAAAAGAGUGCUCGUGUUUCCACCUGUAAAUAACUACAGGCGAUUCCUGAUACAUCAAAUCGUACAGGAUUCCUUUUCUGACCUUUUACACACGUUUUCCAUUGGUCAGGGUCUUGCAAGAAGGACUGUUGUGUGUUACAAGACUGAUCUGAUCAGGGACCCAAAAGUGAAUGGUGGCCAAUCCAAAAUUAGCAGUGCUACGAAACUAUCGGAUUCGGCCUGUGCAAUGGGUGUUGAAGGACAGCGUUCUCUAUCCGUGUCUCCGGAACAUUCACGACAGAGACAAGUGAAAUCAGUUCCCACUGUUGAAAUAUAUAGACCUCCUGCAGCCAGAAGACCCAAAACCGAAACUAUCGUGGAAACCCAACCAGCAGAUACACCCACUACAGAAAUAUCUACUGGGGUCAAAUCUACAAGGCAAAGGAGACCGGAUCGCGCGGUCUAUGUUCCUAGGCAUCGAAGAAGUAAUGAAGCAGAGGGUAGCCCGUUACCCCAAGAACCUAGCCGCCCUGUACGUUCAACACGUCAUUCAACUCCGAAAUCUACAGCAAGUCCUGUCGUAAAUGAAUUAGAACAAAAUCACAAAGUUCAAAGUACUGAAUCGUUCAAGAAAGAAGUGGAACCACGUAGCUCGACUAGACACAGAGAAACAACAAAUGUCGAUCACAAUUUUGAGUGCAACGAAGAGAAAAAACGGGAUCGCCCGACAGAAUCAAAGUGUAAACAGAUGAAAGAAAGUAAUGAGGAUUACCGUCAAAGUUCAUCGUCAAAGAUAGACAAAGAAGAGAUCUCUGAACAGGACAGUGUAAGAGAGAAGUCUAUAAGUGGUGUGUCGAAUCUUGAAAAAUCUCAACAGGAAGCUGUUCCUACUAUUACAGAAAAUCUUGAGCACAUACAAAGGACGUGUAUCGAGUCUGCACCUGAAGUAUGUGAACGUAUUUCUGAAGCACUUAUCCUGAAUGCAGAAAGAGAACAAGAGGAACGCUUAUCCGUGUGUGAAACUGCUGACCCGAGCCUAAUAGUCGAAAGUGAUGUAAUUAAUUCUGAAACUAUAAAAAAUCCCAUUAGCAUAGAAAGGAACAACGGAGUUAGUGAGAUUAAGACGACAGUGAUCAUGUCGUCAAAUGUAAAAAAGGAUCGUAAAGCAGAGGAAGAUCUUAUAAAUCGUGAGGAUGUGGUGAAUCGUAAAAACCGACGUAUAGUGAGACAAAAUGUUGUAUCCGACGUUCUUAUAAUUUCUGAGAACGAGCGUAAAACUGAGGUCGUAAGGAAAGAAACACCUGUCGUAGUGCCAGUAUUAUCAGUCGAGAAAAAAGUUAAAAAGAUAGAAAGGCCUAAAAGUAAACCUGCAUCGCCGCCAUCACCGCCACUUAAGGUAAAUCGUGACGAAUGCGAUUGGGAUAGUCUUUUCGAUGACAAUGGAGAAUGUCUAGAUCCAACUCUUAUCGAAGAACUAACCUCAGCGGUUGGUGAAGUUAGUAUAGAGCAGCCAAAAAAUGACUAUAAACCAUAUACUAGACCUGUAGAAGUAUCGAAUGAUGAAUUUGCCCAUGUUGUGGAAAUAUAUAAUUUCCCAUCGGAUUUCAAAACCAGCGACUUAGCAGCUGUAUUCAGCCCCUUCAAGAAUGGCGGAUUUGAAUUGAAGUGGGUGGAUGAUACUCAUUGUCUUGGUGUCUUCAGCAGUCCACUUAUCGCUGCUGAGGUCUUGGCAUCGGAUCAUCCUUUCGUGAAGACACGUUCUCUCAGCGAAGCCACCGCCUUAAGUAAAACGAAAGCUAGAAGAAGUGCAGAAUUUCUGCAGCCAUAUAGAACACGUCCAGAGACUUGUGCAGCCAUAGCCAGGAGACUGGUUACUGGUGCACUUGGUGUCAGAUUGGCAACAGCUCGCGAGGAGCGGGAACGAGAGAAGAUCGUAUUACAAGAGGCAAAGGAAAAACGAAGACUCGCUAAAAAACAACGAGAAGAUGCUUGGGAAGGCGUGAUAGCAGACAAGUAGCACCCGUACAGUAAAGUAAAUUAUGUUAAAUCGAAAGGACUCCUGGAUAACGCAUUUACAAAGUGAGUCCAUCCGUGUCUCGCUCAUCUAGCCUAUUACAUUUUUCUUUUCUUUCGUAAUACUCGUUCCUGAACAAAUAUACUAUUUGUUGAAUAAAUAUAUUGUAUGUUCAGCUAAUGAUUAUACCACCGGUAAAUGGGUUUUGGGUAUAUACAUGUUUUCAUGGCUAUUGAUGAACGCGGCACGGAAAACAAAGAUAAUUGUGAUUCAACGACGUUCCCGAAUUUCCAUUGAAAUUGUGAACGCGCACUCGUAUCCUAUUACUUUCGGGGUGUAGGACGAUUUUGUACGACACGAUUGAUACGACUCUAUAGAUUUAAGUUGAUUCAAGAUAUUCAUUCACGUGCAUAUCAUACGACGCAACGUAAAGAAUUAUAUCCACACCCACUUCGCACGUGAUAAUUAUCUGGAUACCUGAGAAAUUCUAGUAAUUAUUUUAACCUGAAAAUCUGUAUUUUCUAUGACAAUAGCUUUUGUAAUGAUAUUUAUACGUUUUGGGUUGCGUCAUUUUGCAUCUGUGCAAAAGGUAAUUACCCUUAUGUGUAAUAGACAGGAACAGUUUUCUUAUCGUGCAAUUUCUAAUACGAGACAAUAAGAUAAGUGAGAAUCAGAGGGACUUGUUCAAAACUUUUUACUUGUUGAUGCUUUCGCAAAAGAAAGCGCAAAGAACGAGAUUGGAUCUUAAAUUAAUUGUUGUAAAUGGAACUAUGCAGAAAAAUAAAGAGAAGCGUCUAUUCUCUUGGCAUUAUCGUCGCUUUUGUUCAUCUUGGUGUGAGACGUUUAAGAGAUGAUGAAAAGAUCGUGUAACGUAGAUCGAUGCAAACACAAAUUAACACGAAUGUUGUGCCACAAUAUCUAUUAUUAUAUAUGUUUACGUAAUUGUUAAGACCUGACGCACAAUCAGUUGAUGAAGUGUUGUAUACAUACUAGUGAUUUAACGUGAAACCUCAAUGCAGAUUGUAUUUUUAUAUACAAUUGUUACCAAUUGGGAAUAAAAGUAUGUAUCGCCAAGUCCUAGUCAUUACGCAGGAGGCAUGUUACCUAUAUUCAAUGUUACGUUGCAAUAUGUAAUCAGCUAAAGAAGAAAAAGGCAUUUGUCGGAAUGACUAAUAAAGAUAUUUUAUGUACUGCGCA